AUGAGCAAGAAGGACGAUGAGAAGCACGAGAAAAUUAUCCGGGGGUUGAUGAAGCUGCCCGAAAAUAAAAAGUGCAUAAACUGCAACAAUCCGGGCCCUCAAUAUGUGUGCACGAAUUUCGCAACGUUUGUCUGCGUCGCGUGCAGCGGAAUUCACCGCGAGUACACGCACCGCCUCAAGUCCGUGUCAAUGGCCAAGUUCACUCCUGAGGAGGUGGCAGCGCUACAGCAAGGCGGCAACCAGAAAGCGCGGGAGUUCUUUCUCGCGAAUGCCAGCAGGGUGGAGCCGCCAGAUCCUAAUGAUCCCAAUCGGCUGAGGGAGUUCGUGCGUUCAGUCUACGUGGAGAGGCGAUACGUGGCCAGCAGAGACCCGAACGCUGCUGCUGCGCCACCUGCGCGCGCGCAGUCCCCUUCCCCCUCCCGUUCUGCCGACCUCCCCCCAGCCUCCGCCUCCUCCCCGCAGCCCGUCUCCUCGUCCCAGCACAACGAUCACAGCCGUUUGUCUUCGGACUCCAGAGCCAUGCGGGCUUCCGCCGAUGGGUACGGUGGUGCUAGUGGGGCGAGCAGAGGGCCGGGCAGAGGCGCGGGCGGCAGUGCAGGCGGGCAGUCUAGGCCGAGCGGGGGCAGCGGAGCAGGGGGGGGGAGUAGAGGGGGAGGAGGAGGGCAGGGCGUGCAGGCUGUGAGUGUGCCUGUGAGUCAGGUGCUGGGGCGAGAUGUGGAGCUGAAGGUGUAUGCAGAAGGGGAGGAGGGCGCGGUGGGGAAUGGUGUGAAUGGGAGGCGUGCGGGACAGGGAGAGGAGCAGGGAGGAGCGCCUGGAAGCCCUGGUUCCAUUGCUUCUUCUGCGGCAUCGCGCAAGGCUGCAGACGCUUACCCGCCAACGCCCGAGAGCAAGCUCAACCCCUCCACCAGGACCGCUCCCCCCAGUGCCGCCGUCACCACGGCCAGCCUCAUAGACUUCUCCUUUGACGGCCCCUCUCCUGCACCAAGCACUGCCGGCGCAUCCGCUGCACCAGCAGCAGCAGCAGCAGCAGACCCAUUUGGGCUGGCAGAUCUCCUCGCGCCUGCCCCCGUUGUGCCCGACCCUGGCCAAGGUAUGGGCGCUGCAGGUAUGGGAGGUUUGGACCCUGCAGGUAUGGGCGCUGCUGCGGCCGGGCCUCCGUACGGGGCUCAGUUUCCUGGUGGAGCCCAGCUGUUCGGGGAUCAGGCCUUUGGAGGCGAGGCGCUUCCCGGCCAGCAGUACGGGGGACCGCUGCCUAUGGGAGGUCAGGCUUUUGGUGGCGGUCAGCCUGGGGCAGCUGGAGGGCAGCCGUUUGCAGGGCAGCCGUUUGACGGGCAGGGGUAUGGCGGUCAGCCUGGUGGUGUGGAGUUUGGCGCGGUGCAGAACGCUGGUGCGGGGUUGACAACUUUCACCUCCUCCACGCAGCCCCACACCCCCCUCUCUCCCACCCACUUCCUCUUCUUUCCUGCCCCCCCUUGGCCCUCCGCUCCCUGUUCCUCUUGCCCCCUCCUCUUCCCGCCCCGCCCCUCCCUUUAUCAGGACUUUUUCACCAACCUCCUCCCAGCGCCCACAGUAAAGAACGACCUGCCUUAUCUUGGGGGUUAUGCCGCCCCUCCCGCCCCUGCCCCUGCUGUCACCGAUACAAGCACACUCGCUUUUGGAUCGCCAGGAACAGUGGCUGCUGCAGCUUCUGCUUAUGGGGCAUAUGGGCAGCCUCAAAUGUCCGCGUUGGGACUGCCGCCCCAAGCCAUGGACUUGCCGCCCUACCAGAUGGGAGGACCCGCUACAGGACAAGCCAUGCCGUCUGCCUAUGAUCAAUUCCUCUCCACCACAACAGCCGCCCCUCCUCCUUUUCCCGGUGCCCCUGGUGCUGUGGGUGGUGGUCUCAACGCCCCUGCUUUUGGUGCUGCUGCUGCUGCCCCUGGUGCUACUGGCGAUGGUAGCGGUGCGAUUACAACCGAAGCAGCAGCGCCAGCAGCAGCCAAGUCGACCAAUCCCUUUGCCUUUGAUGACGAUGACGAGGAGGAGGACACUUCGGCUCCUGCUGCUUCUGCUACUGGUUCUCAGCCAUUCUCCAUGGAUCCAUUGGCUGCUGCUCUCCCUGGCGGUUAUUUUGCCCCUCCUGGCACCGCUGCUGCCCCUUUCCAGUCCCCUCAGCAGCAGAAUCCUGCAGCCACCCCAUUUGCACAUGCACCAGAUCUCUCCCCCCAACCCUCCGCCUUCUCCCCCUCCACUCCUCCUCAACCCACCGAUCCGUUCGGCGCACCUCUCCCUGCCCAAACCACCUCGCCUGGUCUGGCCGGACCUGCCGGUGGGUUCGGAGGUGCCAUGCCUGGAGGGGGCGUGAGUGUGUCUGCUGACCUCUUUGGGGCUGGUUUCGGGUGGGGGGAAGGGGCAGCAGGAGGCGGAGGUGUGGGAGGAGGGGGAGGAGGAGGAGCAGUGGGGGGCAUGGGAGGUCAUAAUCAAAAGCAUUCAGCCGCUGGCGGUGGGGGGAUUUCUGCUUCUAUCGAUUUUGGUUUCCUUGGAGGUGGUGGUGGUGCUGCCUCUGGGCUUGCUCCUGGUGCUUCACAGGGUGGUGGGAACUUUGGAUUAGCGCCUGCUACUGCAGGAGCAGGAGGAGGGUCAUCUAUGGAUCCAUUUGCAUCCUUAAUGCGGACGGGACAGGCUCCUGGUGCUCAUCAGCCCGCUCCUGCUGCUGGUGUGGCUGCGGCUGCUCCUGCAUCCUCUUUUGAUGGUUUCUCUUGGUAA